CCCCAAACUCCAUCUCUUUAUUUCCCACUCUUACACAAUAAUCAAACUUUUGAGAAAUUUCUUCAGAUUUUUGUACUCUGAAGGCAGCUUUAGUUUCAAUCAUGGAUACUCAUCAUCAGCAACAUGAAGAAGAAGAAGAAGAAAGCAAGUUAAAAGAGGAAAUAAAAGAAGGGUCAUCAUCAAUACUAUCCCCUGUUUCAGCUCCUUCACCCUCUCCUUCUCAUGAUUUCUCCUUCACAAUCUCUCUCCGUUCAUCUUCCGAGUUAGUCUCCGAUUAUAAAACCGAAACCCCAUCUUCGAUCGCCGCCGAUUUGUCUCCGGCCGAUGUCAUUUUCUUCCAUGGCCAUUUGCUUCCCCUUCAUCUCCUUUCUCACCUCCCUGUCCCCCCACGUUUAUCAACAAGUUCAUUGGACAGCUUCAACGUUCCGGGGAGAGAGUUAUUCGAUGAUCCAAGACCUGUAAAACCCAUCAGCAAAAGCGACGGCAAUAUCCGGAAGCACGUAAGGGUUAGCCACAGUCAUCAUCAUCGUCAUCAGAGCCACACCAUUGAAGCAAAAGUGAAGAACAAGUCAAAGUCUUUCUCUUUGUUCAGUUCAAAAAGACAGCAGAAAGGGGGCGUCAACGUUAGAGAAACAGAAGAGAAAGAGAAUCACAAGAAGAAGAUUAGAUUCGAUGUGAGUCAUGUGUUGAAGAGGUACAUGAGGAUGAUUAGGCCAUUGUUACUGUUCAGAAGAAAGAGAGAGAAUCACAAUAUCCAUAGCCAAGCUUACUCCUUUUCAGGUGAUUUGAGCUCGAGGAACAAAAAACCAGGGUGGAGAGGAAGGAGAGGAGAUUAUUAUUCAGCUCCUUCUUCAAUGAGAACAUCACCUACACAUAGUGGUCUUCUUGUUGCAAACAAAGGGUCUCCUUCUUCAACCAGGGAUAGCACCAUGGAAGAGUUGCAGGCUGCAAUUCAAUCUGCAAUUGCUCAUUGCAAGAACUCCAUUAAAGGGGAAGAAAAACUUAAAUGCUAGGACUAGUUAGAUUACUGCCUUUUCUUCUUCUUUAUGCAUAAAAUGGUAGG